AUGCACUUCCAGUCACGUGUUUCCGCAACUUCCAUCCAUGAAGUUGUCUUAGCCCACGACUGUGCUCUCAACGCCACCUCCAAAGGGGACAUGCAAAGGAGCAUGGACCUCUUCGCCACCGCCUGCGACGACUUCGGCCUAAUCAUCAACAUGGAGGAGUCGGCGGUUAUGCAUCAAAACCACCCGACUCUGCCUACGUCGCACCCUAAAUCAACGUGAACGGCGCCCAACUGCAAGCCGUGGACAACUUCACCUACUUGGGCCGCACCCUCUCUCGCAAUAUCAAACUCGACGAUGAAGUAGCCCGUCGGACUUCUUAGGUCUACCAAGCCCUCGGUCGUCUGCGAAGCAGUUUGGAAUUGACAAGGUCGCCGCAUCAACACCAAACUGAAGACGUACAAUUGCCGACACUGCCGUAUGGGACGAAAACCUAGAGGGUGUACAAAAAACAGGCACGAAGACUCAACCACUUCCACCUCAGCUCCCUCUGACAAAUAUUGAAACUGAAGUAGACCGGAUCCCGGACACAGACGUACUGAAACUAACCGGAAUCCUCAGCAUCUAUGCUAUGUUAAGACAGUCAUAACUGCGCUGGAGCGGCCAAUUGCGCCUGGACUACGAGAGGUUACCAAAACGACUCUUCUGUGGAACUGUCACCACGGGUUCCCGCCAACAAGAACGUCAAGUCCGGCGCUACAAGGUUAUCCUGAAGACUUCCCUGAGGCGCGUGCAAAUAGACGCGACCAACUGGGAAGACAUCGCUCGGUACCGACCGACCUAAGAGAGGACAGCGAAGACAGGCGCAGUGAUCUAUGUGGCCAACUGCAUCAUUGCCGCCAAAGCAAAAGAGCAAGCUCGCAAAUCUCAACAGCGCCCACCUCGCAACGUCAACAAUCGACCACCCCUGACCUGCUCACGAUGACAAGGGACGUUCGGGGUACCAACCGAUCUCAUCGGGCAUCGUCUUGCCAACUGUAGCACCCGGACGACAUCAGCCGGUGUCCCCUUCCAGCUCUGCCUCGCCCCGAGGCUGACAAUCAACACUGACCGCACUCCUGAGCCCACACUGCCAUCCUACACCGCCUCAACGUCCGCUGCGGCGGCUCAUGUACCCACCAUCACUAUGUACAAUCCUGACAUACCGACAAACAUCAACAUCAACGCCGUCAGCACCAACGAUUUGGACUCGGUACGUACUUUUCCUAAUUGCGAUCGGACCCUCACCUCUUACAUCGGCCUGGCCGAUCAUUUGCGAAUCCAUCGCACAGAGACUGGCAAACCAGUGUCUGAAGCACCAUACUGUACUCACCGCAUCUGCCUCCACUGUCCACACCGCCUCAGCACAUUUACUCACCGCAUGGGCCUUCUAGAGCACAUGUGCAUCCACGAAAGCGGAAUUCAUCACAGCGUCUAA